CACUGUCCGUCACGCGCAUUGUCUUCAGCGCAGUCCCUCCUGGCCUUAUUGAACGUCACUCCCAUUUUCCAAGUGGCACCAUCAUUUCGAAUUGCUACAUUUGUAAGCUAACCUACCACCUUCCCUUUCCUUCCUCGUUAACAAUUCCUACCGACGCCUUUUUUCACUACUUGGCUGCAAUGAAGUUGUCUCUUGCACUCUUCCUCGUUUUUUCUCUUUUCCUCUGCUUUGCGUCCAUCGAGUCUGUCACUGAGUCCAACUCUGAUAUCAAUGCCACCGCUGCUGACUACAAUAAUGUCUCCCGCGCGAGAUCCAAGGAGGACAGCUUCGCUGACAUGAUUGAUCGUGCUCUUGAAAAGGAGUUCAAUGAGACUGAACAAAACGAAGCUACUGAUCCUGGUAGCUUCAACAAUAGUGUUACUGGACAACAGGCUGUUUUGGAAACUGUUGCCAGAGUUAAGAAGAAAAAUGAGACCAAGGAGGAGAAGUCAUUUCAACUUCAUCAUGUUUUUAAAUUGGAUAAUGAAAAUGGACAUGAAGAUACUCCAACAUUGAUUGAUCGGAAGGACAAUGUGUUUAUCAUGUCGAAUCCAAAGUCGAAAUAUCCCGUGCUACAACUAGACUUGAGAUUGAUAUCAGAUCUGGUGGUUGUUAUUGUCUCUGCAACUUGUGGUGGUAUUGCCUUUGCUUGUGCUGGACAACCGGUAAUUACAGGAUAUCUGCUAGCAGGAUCUGUUAUUGGGCCUGGGGGCUUCAGCUUUGUCAGUGAAAUGGUGCAAGUUGAAACAGUGGCCCAAUUCGGAGUCAUAUUCCUUCUUUUUGCUUUGGGCCUGGAAUUCUCCACAUCUAAGCUUCGAGUUGUUCGUGCAGUUGCUGUUGUAGGAGGUCUUCUUCAGAUUUUCCUAUUUAUGUGCUUGUGUGGAAUAAUAGCUUCGUUGUGUGGUGGUAAGCCUUCAGAAGGGGUAUUUGUUGGUGUCUUGCUGUCUAUGUCUUCAACUGCAGUGGUUUUAAAAUUUUUGAUGGAAAGGAAUAGUAUAAGUGCCCUACAUGGUCAAGUCACUAUUGGUACCCUUAUUUUGCAGGAUUGUGCUGUGGGUUUGCUUUUUGCUCUGCUUCCAGUUCUUGGUGGAACUUCUGGUGUUCUUCAAGGAGUAAUAUCCAUGACUAAAUCAUUGGUGAUGUUGUUUUCAUUUCUGGCCAUUUUGACGAUAUUAUCUCGUACAUGUGUACCGUGGUUUCUGAAGCUAAUGAUAAGCUUAUCUUCACAGACAAAUGAACUCUAUCAACUGGCAUCUGUAGCAUUUUGCUUACUUGUUGCUUGGUGUAGUGAUAAGCUAGGUUUAAGCCUUGAACUGGGUUCCUUUGCUGCUGGAGUGAUGAUAUCAACAACUGAUCUUGCACAACACACCCUUGAACAAGUUGAGCCAAUUCGCAACUUCUUUGCUGCACUGUUUCUUGCCAGUAUUGGGAUGUUGAUUCAUGUACAUUUCCUGUGGAAUCAUGUUGAUAUUUUACUAGCGGCUGUAAUAUUGGUGAUUGUUGUAAAAACCAUUGUGGUUGCCACUGUGGUGAAGAGCUUUAAAUACAGCAACAAAACUUCACUCCUUGUUGGAAUGUCUCUAGCACAAAUCGGAGAAUUUGCUUUUGUUUUGCUUAGUCGUGCUUCUAAUCUUCAUCUAGUUGAGGGAAAGUUGUAUCUGCUGCUCCUUGGCACAACAGCACUCAGUCUGGUGACAACCCCGUUGCUUUUUAAGCUGAUUCCUGCCUUUGUAAAUUUUGGGGUACUCUUGCGGUGGUUCUCUCCUGAUCCUCCAAUCGAGAUUGGAUUUAAAGGCGAUAGCCUUCGCGCAGACAGUGCUAAGCGUAUUACUUUGCUGGUCCAAGGCUCUCAUGAUUCAUGAUAUUAAAUAAAAACAUGAACCAGAAAUAUGAAAAUUUCAGCCUUUUCCUGAUGGGCUUCUUAUGCUCUGGGGAACAGGUGUUUAAGAGUGCAAAGGAGGUUGAUUGAGUGAACCAUUUUUGUCUAUGACAAUUGAAAGCUCUUGCUAUGUUGCCUGAGUUCACUUAACCACUGGAGUAUGAUGCCAACUGCGAUCAAGUUGGAAAUGCCAUAGUUCUAAUCCACACCCGACACAUCUAAAUUUGAUUUAGGUCAUCUUCUUGUUGUUCCGGAUGGCUUAUUUUUGUAAUAUAUUGUCCAUUUUGUAAUGUAAUUCUUUUUUUUUUAAAUUAUUAUGAUUUUUUUUAUGCCUUUAAAAUCAAAAGUAGAAGUAGUACAAGGCUUUCAAGUGUAUCAAUCCUGUUUUGUUGAUGUACUGAUAUAACACCAUGUAAGCCUGAUUUUGUUUUAUCUCUUAAAAUGAAUUGAUGGUCUAUAUAAAUCAUUCCAUUUUAUGCUCAUCUAUUUGAUGUGUAUAAUUUUGACA